UGGAGUGCGGGCUGUGAUAUAGUUGUCAUUUAUUCACAAUCACUUUCAUUUCAUUAUUUUCUUGGAUUAAAUUUCUUUAUAUGUAGAAUUGUUACAUAUUGUUCCAUCUUUGUUAUCCCUAUUUUACGGUAAAAUCUUUUUUAAUGUUAUUUUAUAUACAAAGGAUUGGCUGGCUAAGCUUUUACCAUGUCUGAAAGACGAUCAAAUACUAUUCCUAAUCGAUGGCUGAAUUGUCCCCGUACAUCGGAAAAUAUUAUUGGAAAUCAGUUUCUUGCAUUCAAAACACCUCUCAGUUCCCAAUACGAUAGUGAAGUUCCUGAUUAUAAUCGUUUCAAACCAAAUAUGGUCUUUGAAUGCGUAAAAACUUUAAAAAGAAAGAUAAGUUUAUGGAUUGAUCUGACAAAUACAUCCAGAUUCUAUGAUAAAAAAGAAGUGGAACAACAUGGUUGUCGCUAUACGAAAAUAAAACUUCGUGGUCACAAGGAGACUCCAUCCGAAGAGCAAACUCAGCAUUUCAUAAAUAUUGUAAGAGCAAGUAUGGAUAAAAAUCCAGAUGAUUUAAUUGGUGUCCAUUGCACUCAUGGUUUCAACAGAACAGGAUUUUUAAUAAUUGCAUAUCUAGUGCUUGAAAACAAUUGUAGUCUUCAAGCAGCUAUAUAUGAAUUUUCGAGGAACAGGCCUCCAGGUAUAUACAAACAGGAUUAUCUCGAUGAACUGUUCAGACGUUAUGAUGACAUAGAAGAUGUUAUAGCAGCCCCAGCUAGACCAGACUGGUGUAUAGAAGAAGAUGAUGAAGAGGAAGUAAUUGAAGAGGAGGCUGGGAACAAUGAAGAGGGACAUCGACCAAAGCAAUCCUAUAAAAAACAUUUGAAGAAUAAAGAAUUUAUACCCAAAGUUGAUGGUGUAACAUUAGUCGAAGAUCCAGAAGUAAUCAAAGUUGUCCAGUCUAAGGCGAAAGAAUAUUGCAAGUGGAAGAAUAAUGAUUUUCCAGGGUCACAACCUGUUUCUAUGGACUUGGAAAAUAUAAGAAAGCUGUCUGAAAAACCAUACUCCGUUUCAUGGAAGGCUGAUGGCGUUAGAUAUAUGAUGUUAAUCAAAGGUGAUGAUAAGGUGUACUUAUUAGACAGAGACAACUGCGUAUUUAAAGCUAGCAAUCUACAUUUCUUUCAUAACAAAACACAUGAACCUCUUAAGGACACGUUUCUUGACGGUGAAAUGGUCGUAGAUACCGUGAAAGGGGUUACAAAAGUUCGAUACCUUUGCUACGACAUUAUACGGUUCGAAAAUAUGAACGUCGGCAAAGAGCCCUUCUACACUGUUAGGUUAAAAUGUAUUGAUAAGGAAAUCAUAAAACCAAGAGAACGAGCAAUCGAAAGCGGUAGGAUAGAUAAGAAUAGUGAGCCGUUCCGAGUCGGCCUCAAACACUUCUGGGACGUCACGAUAACGAAGCAAUUGCUGGAGGAUAAGUUCAUCAAGACUCUCACUCAUGAACCCGACGGAUUGAUAUUUCAACCAGCUGAAGACCCGUAUGUCGCCGGUACCUGUGACAGUGUGCUCAAGUGGAAGCCGAGCGAUAUGAACAGUAUAGAUUUUAAGCUUAAGAUCGUGAAAGAAGAUAGACCUGGAAUGAUACCACGAUUGGUGGGUCAACUUUACGUCGGAGGAGGAGUGCAAUAUGCUUAUAUGAACGUCACCUCUGCUAUAAGGAACCUCGACGGAAAGAUCAUUGAAUGCAAGGUUGAGAAUAAAAAGUGGGUGUUUAUGCGAGAACGUAACGACAAGUCCUUCCCAAACAGUCUAAAAACAGCUGAGGCGGUAGCAAAAAGUAUAUUAAGCCCGGUCACAAAAGAGAUGUUACUACAUUACAUCGACAGACACUGUGUCUUCUAUGAUCCCAAAAAGAAACGCGCUCGGUAUCAGUAGAGGUAACAUUGCAUUGGAAAUGACGGAGUUUAAUUGAAUGUUUAAAAAAAUGACUAAGUUUAAUUUACACAUUAGUGUAAUCGAAGUUAUUUUAGUGCCGAGGUCUCGUGUAGAAUUCAAACGAAUUUUUAUCAUCACGAAAGUGUAAGCAAAUAUAACCAUAUGCAAAAGUAAA